AGUGAUUACUUGCCAAUGGAUUACUGAUUAUAGUUAUCUGAUAUUAAAGCGAUUAAUUGGAUUUAAAGCAGAUUUAACAAUGGAAUGCUUUAAUUGCAAGGAGCAAGUAAAUACAAUCAUGGAGUGGGUGACGCAUGUCUUUAACACACAUAUAGGACAUUUACAUUGCGCGACAUGUGAUAAAACAGUGUCAAUUAAGAACUUACAGGAAGGCUGCCAUCAUAUUAUGGAUUAUCAAACAUCGGUACAAAAGAAUCUAUCAUCAUCAUCCCAUCAUAUUUCUACCAGGGAUGUUUUUGAAAAAGACAAUGGAAAUAAUGGCUCAGACAAAGAAGAAACAUCGCAGAACACUUCUAACACCAAAAAUAAAACUCCAAAUCCCACCAAACCCCAAACUCUCUCUAAAUUUAGUUAUUGGCCAACAACAGAAUUUCCCCAGAGCCGAAACGCAAAAUAAUCAAACCCAGUCCAGUUUAUAGUAGUUUCCAUGAAUGCGAUACGUGUCUAUAUAGAUGCGCACAAAAUACUAUAAGGUUUUCUGAUGAUUCCUAAGGCAUUGUCAUAAUUCCUUGUUGUAUGGCCUUGUGCAAAAUAUUUGCAUUGCAUAUGCCAGUAAGGCUAGGUCAUGUUGGAUUGUUUAGGUAAUUUAACAUUAGUUACUAGGCAACUGCUUAGUUAAACAUAAACAUUUCUACGAUUUUAGUUUGACUUGGAGACCUUUGUCCUAAUUGGUUCAUUUGGUUUGCAUUGCUAUGAUUUUAAUUUGGAUUCAUACAUCUACUUCUGACCUUCAGGUUGGAAUCUAUCUCCUAAGACUUUCAUAGACUGAC